AUGUUUGUGAACCGGAAUAUUUUAUUUUUUUUUGCACUGGUUUUUUUAUUUUUUUUUAACUCUAAACAAUGUAUUAUUGAGAGUUGUGUGGAAGGGUUUUCUUUUGCAAAUCUAGUUAAUGAUCAUAUUCCCAAAAACUCACAAAUUAAAUCAAUUAUAGAUGAUGAAAAAUUUAUAAAGUCCAAGACUGACAAAGCAAAAUAUCGCUACAUUAAACUUAAAAACGGUUUGAAGGCUUUUAUAGUAAGCAAGGAAGAUGCAGUAAGGUCUGAAGUUGCAAUUUCAGUGGAUGUUGGGUUUAAUUAUGACCCUCCAAAAAUCAUAGGAUUAUCCAAUUUGGUGCAGCAUAGUCUUUUAUUAGCCUCUCAUAAAUACCCAAAUAUAGACGAAUUCCACAACUUUAUUAAACUACUGAACGGAAAAAUAUAUUUGGAUCUGCAUGAAAGAUCCACAGUAUAUUCUUUUACAAUAGGUACAGAAUACCUGAGUGAAAGCAUAUUCAGAUUUAGCAGCUAUUUCCAUAGGCCUUUAUUAAACAAUGACUCUAUUAAUAAGGCAAUGCUAACAAUAUUUAGCCAUUUAAAUAAAAUAAAAAGAAAUGAGUUUUGGGUAAGAAGAGAAAUUGAAAGAGAAAUAUUUGGUAAAAAUAAAAACGUUGAUACUUUUUAUUAUGGAAAUAAAAACACUUUAUUAAAUAACCCAAAUUUAGCAGAGGGUGAAAUUUAUGAAAAGGUUCGUCACUAUUUCUCGAAAUAUUAUGGCCCUAAUAACAUGAAGUUGGCUUUAGUUGGAAGAGAACCCCUUGAAAAAUUGGAAAAGUACGUAAUUCAGAACUUUGCUCGCAUUAAAAGUAAUGGACUCAACAUAGUGAGCGUAGAAGACAGCUAUAAGUACAUUGUAAAUCCCUUUAUUCGAAUUUCAGGAAAUAUUAUAACUAUUAGGAGGUUAAGAAAAACUGAAAUAAACACAAUAAAUCUCCGAUUUCCAAUUGAUCUGCAGGUAGUCAAUUGGAGGAGAGUCCCUACUUUGUACUUAAAGUACCUUCUGGAUGGAAAUUUUAAGGGAAUUUUGCGUAAAUACUUAAAGUCUAUUGGAGUUUUUUCUCCAAUUAAGGUAGGAGUGGUAUCUUACGAAGGAUUUUCAACGUUGGAUAUAUCAAUAGAUCUCUAUAAUAAUCAAUUAAAACAUUCUUGGAAGGUAGUUAAAGCAAUAAUAUCAACAGUAAAGUGUCUAGUUGAAAUGCCUGUAUCAGAGAAAAUAUUGCUUGAAGCAAAGAAGAUAACAGAUAUAAUUUUUAAUUACAGAGAGUCUGAAUUUACAAGAGAUCUUGCAUACAAUAUAGUUUAUAAGGCCAGUGAAUACAAAGUUAAGCCUCACGAAAUAAUAUAUGCAGAUGAAAUCAUGGAAAUUGUUGAUGCUUCGUUUGUAAAAUCUUUUAUUAAUUCAAUAAAAAUUGAACAAGUUUCAAUAUUCUUCUUUACUCCUUCAUUAUCAACUAAAAAAAUCCCAAGUGAAUACAAUGUAUUCAGAACAAACUUUUACUCUAAAAGCUACAAUACUCCAAGUAUAGAUAUAACUCCAAAUGGAGUUGAGUCUCCUGGAAAUAAGGCACAAAGUGGGACUCAAGUUAUUUUAUGGUUUUAUAAUACAAUCAAACACUAUUUGAUAAAAUUUCUGACAUUUAUAUUCCGUAAAGAAAUUCAAACAGAUGAUGAUAGCAUUAAGAAAGAAAUCUCUACCCAAGAUUUCGAGCAGGAACCAGACGAGAUUAACGAGGAAAACUCUUUUGUAAAAUGUAGCAUGGUAUUCAAGUCUAAGAAUCUACUCUCAGAUUAUUGUAUUAAUCAAUUUCCAAGUAAUUUCUUUAAAGAUAUCCACAACUUAACUAUUUAUGAAAUUUAUAAUAUUUAUAAUUUAGACAUUUAUACCCCUAACCCAUACACACCUAAUGAUUUAUCUUUAAUACCAAACUUGGAUGAUACUAAAACGAUUCCUCAGCCUCUAAUACUCUCUAUUAAAAAAUUCUUGAACAAUAAUAUUGAAAACCUUAAUAAUGGGGAACUUAUAAGCUUAGGAAGGAAUUUUUCUAAGCUAGAAUUGAACAGUAAUCAUCAUAUUUCUUAUCGCAAGAAAGAGUUAAAUAAAGAUCAUUUUAAUCAUUCUGAAUUAACUAAAAACACUCAAAAAAAUUUGACUGAUUUAGAAAUAGAGAAUAAUAAUGAAAUUUCGAAGAAGAUUGAUAAGGAUAUAGAACAGGGGAUAAAAAAAGUAAACAUUAAGCGAUUUGACUUUUAUUCAAAUAUAAUUUACUUUUACUAUAAAAAUUCAGCAGAACAAUCUUUCCCUGAGACCGGAGUCACAAUUAGGAUUCAAACCCCAAAGAUCAAUUCAAAAAUAGGGAGUCAUCCAAAAGUACUCAAGGUAAUACCAAAACUAGUGGUUGCUAUUGAAAUCCUUUGCGUGUUAUUAAAAAUUUCUUUAGAAGAUGAAAUAUAUAACUUCAGAGUUGCAAAGAACGAGUUUAAAAUUUCAAGUUUUACCGAUUACACUUAUAAUAACCUCCCAAAUGGGUUUGAAAUUCAGCUAAAGGGCUUCUACGAUGUUAUUCCUGUGUUUCUGAGAAGGUUUGCAACACAUCUCAGCCAUCCAUUCAAUUAUUUUACUACUGAUAUGUUUAGAGAGGCUCUAAACCACAUGAAUAGUUAUUUAUAUCAGCAGGUUUACUUCACUCCCUCUAUUACAAAAACUUUGUUAAUUUUGCGAUCCAUCACAGAAAACCAACCUUUGACUCCUUAUGACAGGUUGAACGAACUUAAAUACAUUACUUAUCAGGACGUUGCAGAACUCAGUGAGUUUUUUGCAAGGCAAGGGCAAAUAGAAGGCUUGUUUAUGAACAGUAUUGACCCUUUGGAGGCAGGACUAAUUGUUAAUGACUUUUUGGAUCAACUUGGAAGGAAUAUUGUAGUUUCAGGGACUAUUUCCUUGACUGUUAAUAAGCGUGGGGUUGAAAUCAUAGAUCACAAACUUUUGAAAAACGUCUUUAGAAGAGAAUCUGAAGAAUACUCGAUUGAAAACAUGCUUGUUCCCAUUUCUAAUGCAGGAAAGAGCUACUUUAAUAGUUACGAAGUUUUGGAUAUGACAACCCUACCAUUAUGGCUUUGGAAGAGUUAUAAAUUCGAGUACUCAAGCAUUGAUGAGGAGAAGUCGGUUUCCUCAUUAGCUUUGCUGAUAGGAACUAAAACACCUUUUACUAUCUCUUUAGUAACUCUGUUAUGCAUAUUUCUGUCAGAUUUGCUCAAUGAGUUCUUAAAGAGGAUUUCAAACGAAAACGAUUCAGUGGCUGCCUUUACGGCAUCCCACUACUCUUCUCUAACCUUUGUUGUCAUCCAAGUUGAGUCUUACUCAAAAGACGUCGCAAGCCUUUCUGAGUUUCUUAUCAUGUUCAUUAAUGAGAUUUUUGAAACCCCAUAUAUAAUUGAAAAGAAUCUUUUUUAUAAAGUCAGGAGAGAUUGCAUUAAUAAAUUCAAGAACCUUCCUAACAAAAUCGAACUCUUUUCAGUAUUGUUCUUGACAUUUGUAGAAGGUAGCGAUUUCCCAUUUCAAUGGAUUGAAAAAGUUAUCCACACUAUGGAGACUCUAUCUUACGAUAGAUUUAUUAAAUCUGUAAAAUUUUUGAACAUGGCUCCUCAGAUUAUUAUUGCAGUCCAAUCUAAGAUCUCCAAUAGGACCCAUAGGAUUGAGAAGUAUGUCCCCAAGGGUUUUACAAUGCUUAAUAGUACGGAUGAUCUACUUAAUCAGAAGAACCUAUAUAUUUACAAACUACCGAUAAAUAUUUCAAGAAACGUUUUAUCUCAAGAGUUAUAA